UGAAAUCCCGCGAGACCAUUUGCUGUAGCAACAUGUGUUGCUAGGUAAGCGUCCAUCAUCCAGUCUUCAUAAGUUCACCUGUGGAAACAAGAGUAACCAGAGUGAUGGCAAAGCUUGUACAGCCCCCUCCUCGCUUUACCCACUCUGAGUGGACGACCUCUAACCUCACAAAGUAUGCCAACGCUGAGGUGGAGAGGGCAGCUGCUGAACGAUUGGUCGAAGAAUCCAAGCGUCUGUCCGACGAGACGGAGAAGAGGACAGAGAAAACACAGAGAGAUGUCAACAAAAAAUUUGAUCAAAGAUUGGAUGAUAUCAAAUACUGGAAGAAUGAAUUAGAUGAUAAAUUAGAUGGUAUAACAACAGAGAUAGAUAACUUACUUGCAUUCAAGACAAGGGUAGAAAAAGCAUUAGAGGCCACAGCUGAACCUUUACACAUUGCCCGUCAGUGUCUAGGAAAUAGAGAGAAAAGGGUGUCUAUUGAUCUAGUCCAUGACGACGUACAGAAACAGCUGAUGAAGGAGGUGGAGUCAAUUGAAGGAGUGCAGGCCCUUCUACAGAGGACCCUAGAACAGGCCACUGAACAGAUCAGACUGAACCGUAAAGCCAAGUACCAGCUGGAGAAGGAUCUGAAGGACAAGUUCUCCGCUCUCUCUAUAGACGAGUACUGUGGCAACCUCCAAAAUAACUCGGCUGGACUCGGGUUCAAGGCAGGAGCCGCAAAGAUUGAAGCCAACUCUGCAUGUCCUGAAGAUUGGCGAGAUUUCUCCAACGAAAACAUCCUGAAAGCAGAACGUGAACGCCAGAGCUCUGUGGAUCUCCGUUCACUCAUAGACGGAAUCCUCCAACAGACAUCCAAUGACAUGCGUAAACAAUGUGCUGAUGUCAAUCUCGCCUUCAACAAGCGUAUUGCCGAGUCCAAAGAUACUAAAAACAAACUGGAGGACCAUCUUAACCAUGUGCUUGCUCAAAUCAAGGAGAUUGAGGAGAACAUCUCGCGUCUACAGAAGUCCAUCCAGGACAAGGCACAGCCCAUGCAGCUCUCCCAGACACGACUGGACACAAGGACAAAUCGCCCCAAUGUGGAACUAUGUCGCGACCCCGUACAGUACAGGCUCAUUGAGGAGGUAGGAGAAAUCGAGAGCUCUGUCGCUCAACUGCAGGAACGUCUUCGCCAAACUGAGGAUUCUCUCAAGGGACUUAUUCGCAAUCAGCUGUCAUUGGAAGAAGAUAUCAGUGUUAAGUCCAACACUCUGUUUAUUGAUGAGGUGGAGUGUAUGGGUAUGAGGAAGAGCAUCAACAUCCAAAACUUCUAAACAAGAUGAAAAACAACAAUCUAAUAAACAUUAAAAUCUGUGAUAAAAAUAUUCAGGAGAUGUGUAGCAGUAAAGAGUUACAAAUCAAUUUGUUGUAGCUGGGGAAAAACAUUUCAGAUUGUAAUUUUGUUCCAGUUGAUAAAAAAGGAAAGAAAUAUUUGUUUUCAAUCAUUGAAAUGUAAAUUAAUUAACUAUAUUGUCGUACUACACCUUUCUGCUUUCAAUGUGAAUAGUUCCAGGAGAAUGUGAUUUCUGAAUUUCAAAGUCAGAACAUUGGUUAAAUGUUCUUGUUGAUAUUUCUUAUUUCCAAAUCAUUUUGUCCAUCCAAGUUAACUGGGUUUUUUUCAAGAUGUAAACAACAAUUUGUUCAUCCUAGGAAUGACAGGAAUUAUACCAUUGUGAAUUGUAAAUGUACAGUAUUAUGCCCAACUUAUGUCAUACUGCGGAAGGAGGGAAUGUAUGAGAGCAGUUUAAAAGUAGUCCCUUGGACGGACUAGAACUCUACUUUGAAGCUACAAAAACUGCAAAUGAUUUGCCUUCUGGCAGAUUGACCGCUAACUUUGGUGUAUUUCUGUACCUAUUUUUCGAAAUAUCUUCAUUGUUUUAGGUAUUUCUGUAACUUUUAUUUACAACACAUAACCAUUUACUGUAAAUACAAUGUUAUUGUAAUAUAAGAAAUAAAACUACAAAAGUC